AUGGACUCCCUAAUCGGAGACUCAGACCCCAACCUGUUCCCCAUGUCCAUGAGGACGGAGACCGCCUUCUCCCGGGACCAGAACCCUAUGGAUAUGGACCAGGAAGGGUACAUUGGAAAAGACCAGAAACUGUUCAGCGACAACACUCUGGAUCUCCUCCAGGACUUUGAGUUGACAGGCUCCCCCUCAGACUUUUACGUAGGGGACGACGCCUUCCUUUCCUCCCUGGCUGAUGACACUCUGCUGGGGGAUGAGAGCCAGGAUCGUGGGGUCUCCAACUCCACCUCCAAGCCAGCUGCUACUAUGACCAAUAGUGGUAGUUUUAGCGGUUCCAACACCAACACAUUGAAUGGUAGCAGUCUACUAGCAUGUCAGGAUGAGUCCAACUCCAGCACCUCUAUGACAACCACCGCCACCUUUCCCGUGGUGAAGAUGGAGAAGGAAUCUGGCUUCAUCCAGCUGUGUACUCCAGGGGUGAUCAAACAGGAGAAGACGUCGGCCAUGCGUAGCUACUCCUGCCAGAUGAGUGGUAGUACCGGCGGCUCCACUUCCUCUUCUCCCUCCGAGCUGUCCAGCGCCAGCCCCAGCCCCAUCUCCAUCUGUGGGGUGAGCACCUCUGGAGGACAGAGCUACCACUUUGGAGGCAACAGCAGCAUCAACACCCCCUUGGCUUCCACUACCAGUGGAGCUUCUCAGCAGAAGGAUCAGAAGCCCUCGGUGUUCAGCCUGUAUCCUCCGCUGGUGACCGUAGGAGAGGCCUGGAAUAACAUUAGCUAUGGGGAUGGAGCUUCUGGAAUGCAAGGCCUCUCCAGCCCUACCUCCUCUUUCUCCAGCAGCUAUGCCAGUUCUACCUCCAAGCAUGGUGGUGGCGCUGCGUCAUGUACAACCCAGGGCAAGGCCGGGACCACCCAUAAGAUCUGUCUUGUGUGUUCAGAUGAGGCGUCCGGCUGUCACUACGGGGUGCUCACCUGCGGAAGCUGCAAGGUGUUCUUCAAGAGAGCCGUGGAAGGUACAGGGGCAAGGGGGCAACACAACUACCUGUGUGCUGGGAGGAACGACUGCAUCAUCGAUAAGAUCAGAAGGAAGAACUGUCCAGCCUGCCGCUUCCGCAAGUGUCUCAUGGCAGGGAUGAACCUGGAAGCUCGUAAAACCAAGAAGCUGAACCGUUUAAAGGGGGUACAGCAGCCCACCACUGCCGAGCUGACCCCCCAUCCUCUCCCAGAGGCCAGGUCGCUGGUCCCCAAGUCCAUGCCCCAGCUCACCCCCACCAUGCUGUCCCUACUAAAGGCCAUCGAGCCAGACACCAUCUACUCUGGCUACGACGGCACCCUGCCAGACACCUCCACCCGCAUCAUGACCACCCUCAACAGGCUGGGGGGACGACAGGUGGUAUCAGCCGUCAAGUGGGCCAAGGCCCUGCCAGGGUUCCGGAACCUUCACCUGGACGACCAGAUGACUCUGCUGCAGUGUUCCUGGUUGUUCCUCAUGUCCUUCGGCCUGGGCUGGAGGUCCUACCAACAGUGUGACGGGAACAUGCUCUGCUUCGCUCCAGACCUCGUCAUCAACCAGGACCGUAUGAAGCUGCCCUACAUGGCAGACCAGUGUGAACAGAUGUUAAAGAUCUCCAGUGAGUUUGUCAGACUGCAGGUGUCUCAUGACGAGUAUCUGUGUAUGAAGGUUCUGCUGCUGCUCAGCACCGUGCCUAAAGAUGGUCUGAAGAGUCAGGCAGUGUUUGAUGAGAUCAGGAUGUCCUACAUCAAGGAGUUGGGGAAGGCCAUCGUCAAGAGAGAGGAAAACUCCAGCCAGAACUGGCAACGCUUCUACCAGCUCACCAAGCUUCUUGACUCCAUGCACGAGAUGGUUGGUGGGCUGCUGGAUUUCUGCUUCUACACGUUCGUCAACAAGUCACUGUCGGUGGAGUUUCCAGAAAUGUUAGCAGAGAUCAUCAGCAACCAGUUACCAAAAUUCAGAGCCGGGAGCGUCAAGCCCCUCCUCUUCCACCAGAAAUGACUGUGUAGUGCUACCGCCACUGGCCGUGUCCACCACCGAGACACAAUGCCUUAAAAUCCCCUCACCUUCCCCUGACAGAGGCAGACAGGGAAGAAGAGAGGCUGUUUUUGGAGAAAUUAUACCAUGUACAUGGGAUUUGCUGAAUUUGGGGGAUGAAACGAGCGCCAUCGAGGAGGAAGGAGAGAUUUGUCAAGAGGCAGAAGACGAGACGGAGAGAGCAGAAUAUUUUUGUUUUGUUUAACAUCAAUGGUCUAUGAUCCAGUUAAUAGAAUACAUGUUUUCAUAAGUUGAAGUAUAAUCAAGGAUUGAACUAAACUAACCCUUUGUGUUUUCUCAGGUGUUUGACCCGCAGAACUUAACAAUAUCUAGAUGAAAUAAGUAUCUAUAUACAGAUUAUUAAGAUGAUGAUGUCUUACGUUUCUGCUGCCACAGUAUAUACAGUUUAUUAUACAGGUCAUUUCUUACCUCGGCAAAGGUAACACUAUAACUAUCUUGUAACGUUAUUCAACAGGUUAACCCACUGUGUAUUCCUCUACCUGUUGCUGUUUUUAGGACGUUGUUGUAACAGAGUUCAUUAUCAAAUCACACAAAUCUCAUUUUCCAAACGCAUGUUGCAUUGAUAUUGUUUUAUAUAAUGAAAGCGUACAGGACACAGUUCGCAGAGCUAUCUUUGUGUACGUUAAGCUACCUGCUGGCUGCCAGGUUUACACACACCGGCGAUCAGAAAAAGGGAGAGGGGGGAAAAAAGUGCCUUUUUUUAGCUUAAAGUCUGGUUUUAGCCGUUCUCUCUCUGACUUUCCGAGGAGGUUCUCCUUUCACCAUCACGGCUGACCCUCGGGGGUAUGGGAUUGUUUUGUUUCUAUUACAUGCCGUUGCAGUCAGUUUAACUGUUUUAAAUGACUGCCGUGUUAGUUAGUCUGUUGCUAUUGAAGCUCAGUUAUGGCUCCUCGGUGUGAACUAUAACAAUAAGAUCAGUAGAUUUAAAUAAUACUCCCGAUCUGCAUACAGUAUUCACCUGAUCUCUUGUACACGUCUCAUUUUUAAAUACAAUUUUAGUACAAUGACCCCCCCCCUACCAUUAUGAGAGAAUGUGAAAGUACAUAGUGAAGAACAUAGCUUUAACUCUAUUGGAUGUUUGUAAAAGGAAGUUAUUAAUUGUCACCUUUUUGAACUUAUUUUUGUCAGCAAAAGUACUUUUGUUCAUCGAUGAACUAAUACCCUCUUCCUGUUGCUUUUGUUUUUGAAUGUGUCGGAGAGAGCGACGCGUCAGCCAAUCAAAAAUGGAGAGUCAGAUUCCACUUUUUUAAAUAUUUUUUUUAUGUAUCGACAGCCCCAAAACCAGAAGAGCUGGUUGCUAUGGUUUCCACUAAGAUUUGAUGGGAAAAUGGCUGUUCUUGAAUUUAGUUCUACAGUAGAUCUUGGUCUCUUAAGGAGAAUAUAAAUAGUAACAGUCCAAGUCAGAGGGCCCAGUGUUGACCCUCAAUAUUCUACAUGCUGGUUUCUGUAUGAACACACUGGUGUUUGAAUGGAUAGUAGAGUGGUGUGUGUGUGAAUGAAACAUGGGUAACUUGUCAUUAUUCAUCCUUAUAGCACUUACAUUCUGGCAACAGUGACAUAUCACUGACAUAUCAGACAAUUAGACAAUUUUCUGAGAUGAAAACCAGCAAUACACAGGGGGUUCUGGAGAGGUGGCCACGGAUGGACUCUUCUCUAGGACAACCUCCCAUUGCUGCUCACACAACAACCCCUUACCCACCCAGGCAUCUUGCUUACAACAUCUCAGCUCUUAUUGUUUCUCUCUCGCACUCUGUGUGUGUGCGUGUGUGCGUGACACAAAGGUUUUCCAGUAAAGCACUUAGUACUAACUUCGUUCUCUGUCAUCUUGUUUCUCACUCAAACUGUGAGCACGUCACAAAUUACUCCCUGUUCCCUUUGUAGUGUGUUACUUUUGACCAGGGCAAGGCUCUGGUCCAAAGUAGUGCACAAAAUAGGGAAUAGGGUGCUAUUUCAGACCGUAGUCUGUAGCUUAGUGGAUGAGGAGGGGAAGAGACAUAAACCAGGAGAUAUUUUGACCCGGCAACAGAGGACUGGGGUUUCCCACCCCUGUUCUAAGGGGAAAUGGUUUUCUUAAAAAAAAAAAAAUGUUUUCAUUGUAAUGUAAUUGGGGUUGUCACAUUCCGUACAUUUGAGGGGAAUUUGUGAGAAUUGUUAACCCGAGACCUGAAGCCAUUGAGAAGGUUUUCUAACUUACCUAACCUGCGUUAAAAAAAUGCCAUGCUAGUUAUUUGUUGGUUGUUAUUGGGUCUAUUUACAUGUUGGAAAACUGACUUCUCUUAUUUUCAGAUGUUUCAUACACGAUGCUAACAUGUAAUAAGAAGCUAUACGUUAGUGAUUCUUAAGAACAACUAUACCAUACUCAGGUUGUUGUCAUUGGUUAAAAGUGGAUGUGGUCAUCUAUGUUCACUGAUGAAACUGUUUACAACCAAAAACUUUUCAGUUUUGAUUCCCAGAGUGUGUUUUUCUGACAAUGAAUUAACAGUCAGGGUUAAAUGAAAGCUCUCCUGGCCGUUCAGGUACGUUAGUUUCAUGCAUACUGGACAUGCCAAAAUCAUUAGAUUUUUCACACUACUUGAUUAACCAUUGUUAACUUCCCAAUCUAUCCUAAAGGAAAACAUUUUAUUUCAAUGGUGAUACAAAAGUAGUUCAAUAAAAUUAGAAAAUGAAUCUCCCCAUUUAAACUGCUUGUGGAUUUCCUAUGGGUUACUUUCAGUGUGGCUGUAAAUCAUUCUCUGCUGUUGCCUUUCAUAUAACCGGUAUGAAACCACAAACUACUCACCUCCCCUUUAUCCAAAAAUCUAUUGGUCUGUAUUGUGCAGUACAUUUUUUAAUUUUUUUUACAAGAAAAUCUGAAAAUAUGCAAUAGAAAUGACAAAAUAGUUACAUGUGUUGCUCUAAACAGAGAUUAUAGACAUGUUCUGUCAUUUUCUUUUUUUCUUUUCCAAUAUAAGCUAUUUUAGACAGAAAAUGUUCACUUUAGUGAAUGAACUCUGCAGGACAGAUUUUCAGGAAAACUUUCAAGUGUCAAUAUAUACCAUUUUUGAUUUAGACAGAGUUCCAGUAUAUUAGAUUGUCUAACAGGUGGCCAAAGCAAAUCCAGACUCAAAGGUUUCCCUGUAGUUUCAGUAGCUCUUGGAACGACAGACGUACAGGACUGUCCUAUAACACAUUUUAUAUGUAUUUUUUGUGUACUAAUAUUAUGAAUAUAGUAGUCAGUCAACAAAAAAAACUUCACACAAACUGUUUUGUGAAAGUAAUCAACCAGCUUCGAACCUGACAAUCUGCACUACCCCAAAUAUUAUUUAGAAAUUCUAUUUUGUAUAAAACAAACGUUCACUUUAGAAACGUCUUAUCAAGGGCAGAAUGAUGAUGAUGAUGAUGAUGAUGAUGAUGAUCUGGUAUAUGCUUUCCUUUGAAGAUGGCUUUGAAGAUGGCUUGUUUAGCUUAUAGACUAUUUCAAUUAUGUACAUAUAACCCAAUGCAAAGAAAAACAUUGUGUUGUAUUACUCCCACAAAUAAUAAUACUUUUCUAUAUCUGUAUUAUUGCUCAUCUGUAGUAGAUCAUGUUGAUGCUUUUCCUUCCAUUAAAUGUUGAACUACGUCA